AUGGCCACGAGUAGUCUAUUGUUUGAUCUUAAUCAAUUAACAGACGAACAAAAAACAAAAUUUCAUACUGUUUACAAUCACUUAAAAUCGGCUCGUGCAUCCUAUCUAGAAUAUAAAUAUGGAUUACAAGAGAAAACUAAAAUCGAUAGUGAAGAAGAAGAAAAUGAAUGGCACUAUGAAUUGUACAGAUAUCUUCGUGCUCGAAAAUGGAAUAUUGCACAUACUAUCAAAUCUAUUCAGGAUAUGAUACAAUGGCGAAUAGACAACCGUGUUGAUUUGAUUCUUGAUCAUCUACCGACAUCACCUUUAAUCGACCGCAUUCGAAAAGGCCUUCCGGCUGCUAAUCAUGGCUAUACAAAAGCUCAUCUGCUAUUGUAUAUCGAGAAAACGGGUCUAAUGCAUGUCGAUUAUCUAUUGCAUCAAUUUACGACAGACGAAUUGAUCCAAAAUCAUAUCUAUUUACUUGAAUUCAAUUGUCAACUGACAAGAGAGCGUAGUCGACAAGCGGGAAAACAUGUGGAAAAUUUUGCCCUGAUAUAUGAUUUAAAGGGCUGCAAACCAGAUAUAAGAAAAACGCUUCAUAUAUUAAAACAAUUAAUCUAUAUAGAUGAUAACUAUUAUCCUGAACGCCUAGGACAAAUGUUUGUUAUAAAUCCACCAUUGAUUUUUCCUGCUAUAUGGAAUCUAGUGAAACAUUGGGUUGACCCGGUAACGAAAGCAAAAGUCAAUAUCCUUAAAAAAGGUCCUGACACAUCAGCAACGUUGUUACAGCACAUUGAUUCAGAUCAAUUGCCAUCUGAAUAUGGUGGUAGUUGUGAUUCAUGUCCGACUUCUCCGGAUUGUAUUCCUGUAUAUGACUGGAGUAAAGACACUAGAAAGGUUAAAGAGGAACAAUCGAGUGUGGCUCCUUAA